AUGGCGACCUCGCAAAACAACACGCGUUCCUCAACGGCCGAGUCCCAGUCUCAUCAUCAACCGAGCGAGUUCGAGUUGCGCCGUGCUGGGCUAGUCGGCGAGAUUGGAGAGUCCCUGGAACAAGUCCUCGCCCAGAUAAAUGCUCUAAAUCGCAGCCUCGAGGGGAUCAUCGAGAUUGGAAACGAAUUCUCCAGCGUCGAGGCGCUGUGGAGUCAGUUCGAGACCGUGAUGGGGAGGUCAGCGAGCGACGAGAACGACGCCAACAACAAUAACGCGAGCGACACCGCUGGCAAUGGGGAAGGCAGCAAGCAUGGCAAAUGA